AUGGAGGUGUUAUCGAUGAGCAGUUUAAAAACACUACCUAACCAGUGGUGUGGAGUCCCAGAGCGAAAAAGAGGGGUGGUUUCAUGCAGAGCGACAACGGUAGCAAAUAGCAACACUAACUUGUACAAGGUGCUGUCACUGAGUCCCAAGAGUGCAACAAUGGAUGAUAUCAAGAGAGCAUACAGAUCAAUGGCUCUAAGGUACCACCCUGACGUCUGCCAUGACCCUUCCAAGAAAGAUGAAUCCACAAGGCUCUUCGUGCAGCUCAAUCAAGCUUAUGAGACCUUGUCUAAUCCCACCCUCAAACAAGAGUACGAUCAUCAAUUAGGUUUGAUAACCGCUCAUGAUGAAAGCUCCAGAAAGAGGUGGAAGGAGCAACUUGCUGAGUUGAAGACAAGGUCCCAUAGAAAACAGGGAUCAUGGGGUAGUAGAAUGAGGGCCCAAAACAUUAUCAUCAUGAUGAACAACCACAACUAGUACCACUUUAUUAAAUUUACAUAUAUUAUGCGUGCAAUUACAUCUACUUUUUUGGAUGAUUAUUCAGACGGUGAAUGAAAAUAUUAGUUAUUUUUGAUGA